AUUAGUUUACAAACAAUGAAACAAUUUUAUUUAGUCAGAUGUUUUCGAAUCGCUUAUGGUAGUGGUUUUCUUUUGGGUUAAUAUUGAAACAUGCCGAACUUUUUCUAUUUUUACGAGGUUUAAUUAAAAUGGUUCAGAAAUUUAUUACCGAAAAUGUAAUUUAAUCAAAAGGAAGGAAGAAUAUAGCCCUUUCUUGAUUCAGUUGACUUCUGUGUCUCAAACUCUGCCAUUUAUUUACGGUGAAGUUGUUAAAUCUCGAUUAGAAGACCAAGAAAUUCGCAAAAUGUGGUCGCACCUUGAACGUGGCAGCUCUCCGGUGGAUUGGUGUGAAUCUAAUUAUUCUAUAACACCUAUGAUAGCUGAAUUCGUCAAUACUGUGAGCAAUGUACUGUUCUUCUUGUUUCCACCUGUCCUCAUACAUCUAUUUCAAGAGUACUCAAAAUUUUUCAAUCCUGCUAUAAAUAUUCUAUGGGUACUGUUGAUGGUUGUUGGAUUAAGCUCAGCAUAUUUUCAUGCUACAUUGAGUCUUGUUGGACAGUUAUUGGAUGAAUUGGCAAUAUUAUGGGUAUUUAUGGCUGCAUUUGCAAUGUUCUUUCCCAAAAGAUACUUCCCGAAAUUUGUUGGUGGUAACAGGAGAGUGCUGGCGUACUACGCGAGCGUGUUUUCCGUGGUGUCCACCGGGUUUCUGGUGAUGCAUCCCAAAGCCAACGCGUUCGCUCUUAUGACGCUUGCUUUGCCGGCUCUCACGUUCUUGUGUAAAGAACUUAAAAGAGUGAAAUGCGUUCGAGUGUAUCGACUAGGCCUGCGCUGUAUCGCCGUGUGUCUCCUCGCCAUGUUCUGUUGGAUCAUGGACCGAGCGUUCUGCGAGGCGUGGCUCUCCAUCGACUUCCCCUACAUGCACGGCGCUUGGCAUAUCCUCAUAUUCAUCGCCAGCUACACCGCUGUAGUCCUUUUCGCGUAUUUCAACGUUUCUGAGGAGCGGCCAGAGCAAAAACCUCAAUUGAGAUAUUGGCCGGUUGACAAUUUUGAACUGGGCAUACCGUAUAUAACAAUGAAACAUCCAUGCAAAAAGGAUGACAACAUAGCUAUCUAGAUUGCCCAAAUUAAUUAUUUGUGAUAACAACUGAUAUAUCUACCAAAAUAAAUUAUAUAAUUAACCCCUUUAUAAAUGUUAACAAUGAAAUAUUUUGCAAUAAAAAGUUUUGCCAUUUAAUCGAAACUAGCUCAUAAUUUGAUUUGGAAAUGGGGAUGAUUAUUUUAACUACAAAAGGUAAAAAAUAGUUAAAUAAAGACAUGUUAUAUUGAAUAUACAGUUUUUAUGGAUUAAUUUAUUUGAAACAGCUGUAAGCAACUUUACAUGGACUAGUUUGGAUUUUAUAA